AUCCACAGUCCGACCACCGCCUGACUCUCUCCCUUUCUUCUGCAUCCCGGCAUCGCACCUACAUAAUACCCAGUGAAGAAAAACCGCCAACAUGACCUGGGAACUCACCAAGCGCCGCAUCGAGCGCAGCGUCAACCGAAAGUUCAUCUUUGGCAAAGUUCCUCUCCUUCACACCAUCAUACUCUUCAUCGAAAUGGCUCUCGUCGCUCGCCUGACGGCCAGGUACAAUGCGUACUACGAUGAACGGCCCGUGAUGACCAUGAUGGUCACCAAUGCCAUUCUCGGUGGCAUUGCAGACACGGUCGCUCAAACCAUCACAUCCUAUACCUUACGCGCCCACCAAAAGGUGGAUGGCCUCUCGAAGCGCGACGACAUCUCCAUCGAAAUUGCCGAUCUCGACCGCAAAGACUCUUACUUUGAGCGAGACGUCCUCCCUGGCCCGCAAGCGCCACCUCCAUUCGACUUUGAGCGUUUGACACGUUUCAUGGCGUACGGUUUUUGCAUGGCCCCGGUCCAGUUCAAAUGGUUCCAGUUCCUAGGCCGGGUCUUCCCGAUCAGCAAGACCAGUGCUUUUGGGCCAGCGAUGAAGCGCGUUGCAUUCGACCAGCUCAUCUUCGCCCCGGCCGGUUUGCUGGCGUUCUUCACCACAAUGACGGUCGCCGAGGGCGGUGGCCGUCGCGCGAUCAGCCAGAAGUUGCGCGACAUGUACAUCCCCACUCUCAAGGCCAACUACAUUGUGUGGCCGGCUGUGCAGAUUGUCAACUUUCGUUUGAUGCCUGUGCAGUUCCAACUGCCAUUUGUCUCGACCGUUGGUAUUGCUUGGACUGCCUACCUUUCGCUGUCGAACAGCUCGGACUAAGGUCGGUGAGUGUUGGAAGACGGAAACUCUACAUUUGCGUGCUGGGCAUUUUUUGGCGUUGAUCAAAUAUUUGCUACACUCCGUGUCGCUCUUUUAUCUGGCGUUGGAUUCCAUAGACGGCAAUUGAUUCUUUUGUUAUGUACAGUCCCGAUACAAGCUCGUGCUCGGCUAGAAUAGGAGCUCAAGUCAACAAGUAGCCAGAAAUCGGGUAGAUUCGUCCCUAAGCCAAUGAAACUUGCCAUUUCCUCAGCCCAAAGUGCAAAACAUUGA